AUGCAGAAGACCGCGGCGGCCAAGGCCGACAAGGCUGCCGCCGCCAAGGCCUGCGGCUCCGCGCCGCAGGGUGGGUCGGGCUCAGGGUUCAGCACAGAGCGCCUGGGCAGUUGCAGCGACACGCUCCGCACGCUCAACGCGCUCGCGGCCCCGCUUCCAGCCGAGGAGAAGAAGGAGAACGUGGCAGUGCCGGCCACGAGCUCCACGGCUGGCGUGGGCACCGCGAUCUCCCCAUCUGCGCCGUCCACGCAGAACGCUAGCCCGAGCUUGUACGCCAGCCUGUACGGCUCCCCAGACGAGGAGUACGAUCCGGCCAAGCCGAACGACUACGACGAGUUCUGCCGCAGGCAAGCCGCUGGCAAGUUGCGCCAGUGGCGCAAUCUUCAGUGCGAUGGCGACAAGCUGUUAAAAGUUCCAAUAGCUGUCGGAGCGAACGAGGGCGAGCGCGCCCGCAACUAUUUCCUUCCGAUGGGGUCGGCGCCAGGAUAUGAUCAGUCGGAGCUGGUUUUGGUCGCGUAG